UCUUGAAAACUAAUUUAUUUAAAAAAAUGUCGCCGAAGAAAAGUUUUUUUUGUAUGAAUACAUUAAAACAAUUUGAUGCAUUUGCCAAACCAUUAGAAGAAGUUCAAAUUAAAACUGUAUGGGGAGGAAUUGUUUCUGUGGUUUGUUUUUUAACCAUUGUAUUUUUAAUGAUAUCAAAUUUAGUAGAGUUUCUUGACAACACUCCUACUGAAGAACUUUUUGUGGAUACAUCACGAAACAAAAAAUUACAAAUUAAUUUUGAUAUUAUUGUUCCUAAAAUCUCAUGUGAUUUUUUAGUGUUAGAUGCCGUUGAUAAUUCAGGUGAAACACAUCUACAGGUGGAUCAUAAUAUUUAUAAAAGACGAUUAAGUUUAGAUGGGCAGCAUAUUAGUGAUCCUGAAAAAUCUGAUGAUGUUGGCAGUAAAAAAAUAAAUAACUCAACUAAAUUAGUAAUAAAUGAAUCAAACCAAGCUAAUAAUACUGCAGAAAAAGGUCAUUGUGGAAGUUGUUAUGGGGCUGAAAGUCCAAGCACUCCUUGUUGCAAUACAUGUGAUGAUGUUAAAAGAGCCUAUAAAAUGAAAAAUUGGGAUUUACAUCCAUAUAGUAUUGAACAAUGUAAGAACCAAUCUACUCAAAAUGAUAUGUAUGACAAAGCAUUUAAAGAAGGUUGUGAAAUAUUUGGCACCCUUCAAGUUAACAGGGUUAGUGGAAGUUUUCAUAUUGCUCCAGGGACAAGUUUUUCUUUUAAUCAUAUGCAUGUUCAUGAUGUACAUCCAUUUUCAUCAUCUUCAUUUAAUGUAAGUCAUAUUAUACGGCAUUUAUCAUUUGGACAAAAAUUAGAAUCAGUUUCUAGUCAUGGCGGCAAUCCUUUAGAUUCAACUGAAUCCUUUGCUGAGGAAGGAGCCACUAUGUUCCAGUAUUAUAUCAAAAUCGUUCCAACGCUAUUUCAAAGAAGAGAUAAUUCUAUAUUUUCUACUAAUCAGUUUUCUGUGACUAAACAUACGGUUUUGUCAUCAGAUUCAGGUCAGUCAGGUGCACCAGGAAUAUUUUUUAGCUAUGAAUUUUCACCCAUUAUGAUUAAAUUGACUGAAAAACCAAGGUUAUUGGGUCAUUUAUUCACUCAAUUCUUGUCCAAUAUCAGUGGUGUUUUUAUUUGUUUUUGGAUAGUUGAUAUAUUCAUGUACAAAGUAUCGAAAGUAUACAAUAUACGCAAAAAACAUUUACCAGACAACAAUAAUUAAAACAUAAAACUUUUUUUUUCAUCAACAAUAAUAAUAUUAAUAGCAAAACCAAUGGAAGAUGCUUGAAGCCUUUAUAUAAAUAUCACAAGAAAACAAUGAACAACAUUCCAGUUUUUGGAACAACACAAAGAUUAUUGAAUUGAGUAUCAUUACCAGAUUCCAAGGCAGCAAAUAGUUUUCCCUAGUUUUAAACCAGAUAUUUGUUAUGUUUUAUUAGUAUGAUUAAAGUUAAUUUUUUUAUUAAAUAUUAA